AUGCCGCAGUACUUCCCGACGGUCCCUCAUAAACCUCUCCAGCCGUCAACCCCCCAUCGUGGCUUCAAAGCGUAUUUUCUGAACAACCACCCUGUCUUCUAUACAAAGCUCCCAAUAUAUCCUUGGCCUCUCGACGCUAUCCUCCUCCCAAAACGAAGGCCCUACGAGACCCCUUUGGAUCGAAUUUACGUAAUGUACCACUACCUCAUCCGCGGUGACUACGAAGUCCUCCGCGACGAAGUCCAGGACUUCUUCGACCACAAGCACUGGCAUGUCCAAUCCAUACCCGACCCUCGGGAUCACGAUCCAGAACGUUAUGCCAUCCUAGCAGCCAUAACCGAAUAUCUUGCACAUGGCAUCAAUCGGCGUAUCAUGAUUUCUCAGUGCUAUCGGAAGGAUCCAAUAGGUCCAUGGCGGACGGCGGCCUACCACUUUUUCCAUGGUACCAAGGACUAUAUGCCGAUUCUUGAGAAGCUAGAUAAGGCGCCGAAGUGGGCAGGAAGGGUCAAAAUGGUGGAAAGUAGGCUGGAAAUCUGUCAGGGUUGGACAAGUGAGGUCUGGGGUGGGAAGAGUAGUUUGAAGUUUGCGACGAAGGGAAUUGUAUGCACUGAGAUCGUGGAGUGCUUCAUUUGA